AUGUCUGAGCUUGUACCUUAUCAACGACCUGGCUAUGGGAGCAAGGGUCGUAAGGCUGUAUUUCAUGUCAAUUACUUUGAAUUGAAAAAAUAUCCGAAAGCGGACAAAUGGAUCAAAUAUGCAGUCGAAAUCAAAAAACCUUUUAUACCAGCGGAAGGAGCAGAAGGCGCGGAAGGAGCUUCCGAUCCGCGUUCAGAUGCGCGACGAGAGCCAAAACCUCCGAAAGUAGAAAUCAAGCGUAAGGUAUUUAAAGAAUUGGAAAAGAAAAAGGGUAAUGAAUUGUUCCAAAACGUUUCGUACAUUUUCGAUGGCGAAAGAACGUUAUACACCGAUAAACGCAUCAACAUGAAAACCAACGUCUUCAAUAGCUCGGUAUUGCUCAACGACGAACAGGAUUUGCGGGGCAAACCGAGCGAGUUCUUGGUGCAAAUUUUGGAGUUGCAAGAUCCGCUUGAUCUCAACGAGCUCCAUACUUACGUGCAAGCGAAAUCUUUUCGUUGGGAUUACUUCAACAUGGAAAGCUUGAAAGCGCUUAAUGAUUUGAUGCAUACCAGCCCUUCUUCCAGAUAUUUCCAAUUCAGAGAUUUGAUUUUGGAUCCGAAUACUCGUAGAUCGUUAGGUGGCGGUUUUGAGUUAUGGGCAGGUUUCUUCGAGAGUGUCCGUCCCGGGCAAGAAUCGUUCUUUGUCAACGUGAACCGUACUCACACUGUAUUCUACGAAAGAAAAGAUUUGGUUACGUUCUUGUGUGAAUUUCUUGGUCUUCGUGAUUUACCUGCGACCUUUAACACUGAGCAACAAAAAAAAAUCAACAGAGCCCUUACCGGAUUGAAAGUCAGACCACUACAUCGACCAAACAUCAAAACUAAACAAUCAGUUUGGCGCAUUUCGCAAAAGAAAGCAGUAGAACAUACAUUUACGCUUAGAGAUACGGGAAAAAUUACGAAUGUAAAGGAAUAUUUCAAAGAUGUUUACAAGAUCGCGCUUAAAUCCCCUCAUGUGGUGGAAAUUCAGGCAAGAAAGACAGAAGUUUGGCCACUUGAAUGCUGUGAAAUUGUCGAGGGACAACGUGUUAAGCUGACUAAUCUUAAUGGCGAUCAACUCGCAAAAAUGAUAACCUUCACCGCAGUUCUUCCUAAACUGAAUAUGGAUACCAUCUUGAAAGAAGGUAUCGGUCGUGUGUUGGAUUUUACUAAUGAUAAAAAACUUGAUGAUUUCGGAGUAGUAGUCGAUACUCAAAUGGCAGUGACUCCCGGUCGAAUUUUGGAUCCUCCUAUGAUUGCUUAUCAUUCGUCUUCUAAAGACGGUCCAAAACUCAAACCGAAUAAUGGAGGUUGGAAUCUUCGUGGACGAAAAUUCAUCAAGAGUGGCAUUCCGUUGAAAUAUUGGUUUGUCAUAUGCUGUGUUCAGGAUAGAUACUUGCCUCGUGUGGCUGUCGAAGACUUCGUCGUUACGUUGGUUAAUACUUGCCGCGGUCAAGGAAUGGAAAUAGUAAUGGAUCAACCGGAGAUCAUAUAUGUAAACACAAAUGGAGAUUUUAAGGAAACAAUUAAAAGAGAAUACCAUAAUUCAAGAAAAUUCCUUCCUAAUAAACCGCAAAUGAUCUUGUUUCUUCUACCUCCAGAAGUUCAGAGGAGAAAGAGGCAAAUGUUUCCACGUCCAGUCUAUGAUCGUCCACUGAAUCAGAGCCUCUAUCGCGAUAUAAAAUUCACGACUAGUACAGUUCUAGGCCUACCAUCGCAAUGUAUCGUCGCCGACAAUAUCCAGGAAGGUCCUUCUUAUUGCGCAAACGUUGCUUUGAAAAUGAAUUUGAAGCUUGGUGGAACCAAUUCAAUUCUCGAUACGGCUGAAAUUCCCGAACUUACGAAAGAACCUGUCAUGCUUUUGGGUGCCGACGUUACACAUCCGACCGGUGAAAACAGCGAGGAUUUCCCUUCAAUUUGUUCAGUUGUCGCUUCAGUUGAUCAACAUGGUAGUAGAUAUAUUGAUAGACACUACGAUCAAAAAAGGACGAAAGAAGACUCCAAGGGGUUUACGAAAACUGUAUCGGACGAGGAAAUUAAGGAAAUGCAACAAAUUGCCAAAGACCUGUUGACGGAAUAUAAACAAAAGAAUCGGUUCUUGCCUAAAAAGAUCAUCAUGUAUCGUGAUGGUGUAUCUGAGAGUCAAUAUAAAAUGGUUCUUGAACGUGAAUUGAAGGCUAUUAAAGAUGCUUGUAAAGAUUUCAAAGACAUAGAUGGAAAAACCAAAAAGGAAAAAACUUAUGAUCCUCCAAUUACUUUUAUCAUCGUUGGUAAAAGACAUCAUGUUCGUGCAAACGCAGAGGACAGAAGAAACACUGAUAAAAAUGGAAAUUGUGUUCCUGGAACGAUCAUCGAUCAAAAGAUCACGCAUCCGUAUCUCUUCGAUUUUUAUUUAUAUUCUCACUCCAGUCUUCAAGGAACAUCGCGACCUGCACAUUACAUCAUAUUAUACGAUGAAAAUAAAUUUAAUGUCGAUACCCUUCAAAAUUUCACCUACAAACUCUGUUAUAAUUAUCAACGUGCGACGCGAUCAGUUUCCAUUCCGCCUCCAGUAUACUAUGCUCAUUUGUCCGCCAAACACGCGCGCACCAAUGUACUUAGAAAUAAAGACAAUACUUAUGAAUUUCGGCAAGUGCUUCCAUCGCUUGCGCAAAAUUUUCCAAUGUAUUUCAUGUGA